UUUUUUUUUCUUUCUUCCGUCGUAUGAUUUUGAGUUGAGAGGAAGCGGCUCAGUGAGACACGGUAUAUCAGCAGAAGAUGUGGUCGGACAAACCUCGUCUGCUUAAAGUCAGAGACGGUCGCGGAAGGAGCCAAUUGUAAAGGAAGAACAUGUAUCUAUGGCGCCUUUCCAUCGCCAUAACCCUCGGCUUGGUUUGGUAUUUGUCAGACUGCGGACGCACAGUCACUCAGUACUUUUUGUGUUUCCUCUUCUGCCUCUCCACUCCGCUGUUGUUCGGGAACAGCGGGCGAGAAAGCGGCACUCAAACUGAUGAAGAGACGAAGGAAAACCCCCUCCAGGAAACCACUGACAAGCAGCUGUUUGUCGACUCGAUUGAUGGAGAAGCUCCCGGGCACGCCGAACCUCUGGAAUCUCAGUAUCCACACGUGAAGCGUUCCCUACACCAAGUGUUUGAAUGCGCCUACGCUCAGCUGGUCCUGCCUUGGUACGCCGUCCCUGAGCCAUGUGAGCAGCAGCCUCUGCACCAGGUGCUCAGCAGGGAAUUCGACUUUGUAAUCGACCGCAUCAUUGAGAGAGCCAAAGACUUUGAUGUCUGCCAGGCUGUCGUGGGCUCCAUUCGGAUUCUGACCCAGCACUUGCAUAAUGCGAAGCAGUCUGACAGAGAGCUCUUGUUCAGCUCCAGAGCAGAAGAGAUCGCACUUCUCCGCGGGUUUUCUGACGCUCUGGUACGUAACCUUUUUCCCGACUCUCUCCGGGGCCAAGAAGUCAACCGCUGUGCCUUAAAUGAGAUCAUUGCCUUAAAGGGGCUGGGACUGCUGGUUGCAUGGCUGUCUGACCCCGACAACCUGAACCAGCUGGUGGUGAGCCAGCUCGACAGCGUGACCCCCAAAAGCUCUGCAGAGGAGCUGUGUGGAUCAGACCCAGAUCAAGCCUCUCUGGCUUCACAGGAGGGCGAAGGCGACGGGGAAGGCAGUGAAGUGAGCUUGCAGGGAGCAGGAGUUUCAACCGGCACCAGGAUCAAGGGCAAAAGAAAAGGCAACAAGUUAAAGGAAGGAUGGUCCAAGUUUGUGGACAAAAUGAAGUCCAAGAAAGCCAAGAAAAAGAAGAUGAAAAGGAUAGAGCAGGAGCUAAUGAUGAGGAUCAUGUCCAUCCAAACGGACACGUCCAACGAGGACGACACCAGCAGCAGGGAGGGCUCCGUUCACAGCCAGGAGGACUCUGACAGGGAGGACAGUGAUCUGGAGAACUACCUGGCCAGCGUCCAGGAGGAUAUGAUGGAAUUCAAGCUCUCCUAUGAGAUGUGGCGCGUCGGCCGCUGGGCUGUCAGCAUCCCUCAUGCUGACUGGGAGGAUGAGGAGCUGAUCUUCACCGUUCACCUGGAGGAAAAGGACAGUCCCGAGAACCUACAGUGGGACAUCAAGAAGACCCACAUGGAUGUUGUGUAUUUCCGCAACAGAUGGCAGGACUCCACCAGUCUGCCUGUGAUCGCGUUGCUGGAUGAGUCAGAGGUCAACGAUGAGGUCAGAGAGGAAGCCAGAGUAUCCGUGGAGCAUUUCCUGCAGGAAUUGGUUUCUGAUAAUCUGAUCGGUCACACUCAGCCAGUUUUUCAGUUCCUCUGCCCGCUUGACAAACUGCUGAAUGAAGAGGAACAUCAUGGAGGCGUGUGGAGCCUUCUCAGCGGCUUGGCUUACUUCCUCACUCCCGGCCAAGAGGAAGAAGAGAGCUCCAGUCCUCAGACAGAAGCCCCAAAACAAAACAUUAUGCCAUCUCUACAUGCAAAAACAGCUCAGUCUUUUGAAAGCCAUACAGCCCCUUCUCAGAAUGACAGCCAUGUUCCCGGUGUCCCAACUAUUGUUAUCUCCCCGUGUGACGCCCCGUCAGAACUGCCCGAGGAGGCAGAAAUGGAAACAGAUUCACAGCUGGCUGUUAGUUCCUCGAACGAAGACUGUUCCCAAGACAAGACAGAGGACUCCGAUAAUCCCGUAACCUCUCACUUUAAAAUGAUCAUCAGAGGACUGACCCGGUCCAGGUCACAAGAGUCUCUGGUCUCAACAAAAGUGGGCACUGAUGAAGACCCGCCUGAGUCGGACUGCAACCAGAACGGAGGCUGUCAGCAGGACAGCGUAGACGGCCUGUCGUGGCGUCAUUUCAGUUCAAAGCCAAAUAAAAAGGAGAAAAUGUGUUUCAAGAUGUCUGGAGUGAACAAGGCUAAAAGAAAGGAGGGCACGCUGCCGAGAGGGGAGGACUCCCAGUGUCAGAGGAGCCAAGUCAACUGGGAGCAGAUGGAGGCCACCAAAGCCAUAUUUGAUCUGCUGAAAGAAAUAUCUGGAAACUCCAUCCUCAUAAACAUAUUUGAUGCCAUUUUGAAACCUGUGAUGCCCAUCUUGAAAAAGAAAGUGAACUCUUUCCUCAACAAGAUGAACCCAUCAGAAGUGCAGAUGGCUGCGUACAUCGACACUCUACGUAACAAACAGUGGCCAGACAUUUCAGCUCCUCCUCGUCCUCCUCAUCCAGCUCGCAGUGAAGAGGAAAAAGAGGAGACCAGGGACCGAGCGCAUAACCUCAUCAAUGCCAGAUACUCACAUUACCUCGUCCUGAAGAAGACGGACAUGGAGACUGUUUUUAAUCUUUUCCAGAACAGUGAGGAAAACAAAACGCUAGUCUACAUGCUCCUGUCAUUCCUUUUGAGAGAGUUUCUUCCCAACGAGCAUUCAUUGAAUGAGAGUGCUGCUGCUCUACAGAGACUGACCAACUCCGCCAACUGAUCUGUGAAUUCCUGACUCUGUUUUUAAUGGUACUAUUGUGAUGUUUUUAGAAUAUCUAAUUAUUUAUUAACCGUCUUAAAAUGCCUUUAAACAUGUGUGACCACUUCUGUAUCAAUGCCAAACACCAUUUUCUGUUGUUUUUACAUGAAGCAUAUCAAAUAUACUGUGAAUAUUUCCAUUGGUUUUUAUUUUUGUAUCUUUAAACUGCUUUUGUACAUUCACAUAUCAAUGUGAUGAAUUAUGACCUACUUGUGUGAAAUUCAGAAACAUUCUCUGUGGGAGCCAACUUUGAAUAUUGUACCUCAAGAGGAGAAAGUUAACUGUAUUUCGUAUUUACAGUUUAAAUUUCAGCCUUCAUGUUUUUAGUACAAAAGAGUUAGAAUUUUUCACUCCUGUCACUUUGAGCACUUUUGUGUGGUGAGUGUUUGUAUGCUGGUAAUUUGGCCUACUGUUUAAAAAAAGACAGAAUAUUUCACAAUUCUUGAUCACGUAAAUCUGUCAAAACAUGGGCAGUACAAAUGUCAUGGGAAACUUGAAAUAAUGUUAAUUUAAAUAAUUUGAAUUUGUUCCAAAUAAAAUAUUUUAAUAAACGAUUUUUUUUCUGUGAUAUUUAUGGUUUCAUGUAUACAAGUUAAAUUUAGACAGAAAGAUGGUUUGCAGUAAAUGUGAGAUAUGAACUGGUUGCUCAUGCCAGCAGCAUAUUUGCUUUGAAGCAAUAACCGAGCAGAAGAUGAUUCAGAUGGGUUGAACAACCUAAUCCUCCAUGGGAAAUCCUGUUAGUGAUGUGUGAGAUGUAUGAAAAUGAUUACUGUAAUAAAAGUACUGGAUAAAAA